AUGACAUUCACUGAAAUUGAUAAAUUAGCUGUCUCCACCAUCAGGGUCUUAUCUGCUGAUCAAGUAUCUAAAGCUAACUCUGGUCACCCAGGUGCUCCAUUAGGUUUGGCACCAGCUGCUCAUGUCAUCUGGUCUCAAAUGAAAAUGAAUCCAAAGAAUCCAGACUGGAUUGCUAGAGACAGAUUCGUUCUUUCUAAUGGUCACUCUGUCGCCUUACUCUACUCCAUGCUACAUUUAACUGGGUUCCCAUUAUCUAUUGAAGAUCUAAAACAAUUCAGACAAUUGGGUUCUAAGACUCCAGGUCACCCAGAAUUUGAAUUACCAGGCGUUGAAGUUACUACUGGUCCACUAGGUCAAGGUAUCUCCAAUGCAGUCGGUUUAGCCAUUGCCCAAAAGAACUUUGCUGCUACUUAUAACAAACCAGGUUUCACAUUAUCUGACUCCUUUAUCUACGCUAUCUGUGGUGAUGGUUGUUUACAAGAAGGUGUUUCUUCUGAAGCUUCUUCUUUAGCUGGUCACCUACAACUAGGUAACUUGAUUGUUGUCUAUGAUGACAACAAGAUCACUAUUGAUGGUGAUACUUCUAUCUCCUUCGAUGAAGAUGUUGCUAAGAGAUACGAAGCCUAUGGUUGGGAAGUCUUGUAUGUUGAAAACGGUAAUGAAGACUUAGAAGCUAUUGCUAAAGCUAUUGCUCAAGCCAAAAAAUCUGUCAACAAGCCAACUCUUAUCAAGAUGACUACCACUAUUGGUUACGGUUCCUUAAAAGCCGGUAGCCACUCCGUCCACGGGUCUCCAUUGGCUGCUGAUGACUUAAAACAAUUGAAGAGUAAAUUUGGUUUCAACUCGGAAAAAUCUUUCCAAGUUCCACAAGAAGUCUAUGACCACUACCAAUCUACAAUUUUAAAACCAGGUCAAGAAGCUAAUGCUAAAUGGGAUGUCUUAUUCAAAGAAUACCAACAAAAAUACCCAGAACUAGGUGCUGAAUUGGCUAGAAGAUUAAAAGGUGAAUUACCAGAAGGUUGGGAAUCUAAGUUACCAACUUAUAAGCCAACUGAUUCUGCUGUUGCCACUAGAAAAUUAUCUGAAAUUGUCUUCCAAAAUAUCAACGAAUUUAUUCCUGAGAUCAUCGGUGGUUCUGCCGAUUUGACGCCAUCUAACUUAACUAGAUGGAAAGAGGCUGUUGAUUUCCAACCAGACAACACCAAAUUAGGUUCCUACAGUGGUAGAUACAUUAGAUACGGUAUUAGAGAACAUGCUAUGGGUGCCAUCUUGAAUGGUAUUUCUGCUUUUGGUGCCAACUAUAUCCCAUACGGUGGUGCCUUCUUCAACUUCUUAAACUAUGCUGCUGGUGCCAUUCGUGUUUCUGCUUUAUCCGGCCAUCCAGUUAUUUGGGUUGCUACUCAUGAUUCUAUUGGUGUUGGUGAGGAUGGUCCAACUCACCAACCUAUUGAAUCUUUAGCUCACUUCAGAGCUUUACCAAACAUUCAUGUCUGGAGACCAGCUGAUGGUAACGAAGUUUCUGCUGCCUACAAGGCUGCUUUCACUUCUAAACACACACCAAGUAUUAUUGCUCUUUCCAGACAAAACUUACCACAAUUAGAAGGCUCCUCUAUCGAUAAUGCUAUCAAAGGUGGUUACAUUUUACAAGAUGUUGAAAACCCAGAUAUUAUCUUAGCUGCUACUGGUUCUGAAGUCUCUUUAUCCGUUGAAGCUAGUAAAUUAUUAGCAUCCAAGGGUAUUAAUGCUAGAGUUGUUUCUUUACCAGAUUUUUUCAAUUUUGACAAGCAAUCCGAAGAUUACAAGUUAUCUGUCUUACCAGAUGGCAUCCCAAUUUUAUCCAUUGAAGCUCUUUCUACCAUUGGCUGGGGUAAAUAUGCCCACCAACACUUUGGUUUAGACAGGUUCGGUGCUUCUGGUAAAGCUCCAGAAGUCUUUAAAUACUUCGGUUUUACUCCAGAGGGUGUCGCCACUAGAGCUGAAAAGACUGUCGCUUUCUACAAAGGUAAGGAAUUGAUCUCCCCAGUAAGAAGGGCUUUCUAA